GAAAAACAUUGAAAAGUAAACACAAAACAUGGCUCCCUAUUGUAGAUUAUGUGGAGAUACGAAUAGAAAGCUUUCAAGUGUAGCUAUACAUGCGCUAUAUUCCACAGAAAAAGAAGCGUCUUUUUCACUCGUCCAAAUCAUUCAGGAUUAUUUGGCCAUAACCAUUGAUGAACCCCCCAUCGGGGCACUAAUAUGCAUAGAUUGUUUGAAGACUAUCAGAGAAUGGCACUUUUUUCGGGAAAAAUGUUUAGAAAACGAGCGUCUUUGCCUGAAGCGUGAGAUAAAAUAUGAAGUAUUGUUCACGUCCGAUGUCCCCGGCAUUGCUCAGAAUACUGUGUGCACUACAUUGAAUGUAAUUCCGCAGCAGCAAACCAAUCUCGAUGAAAUACCCAUCAUUGAAUGUAAGGAUACAGAGGAAAAGGAGGAUUACAACUCUGAAUCUGCAGCUACAGAGAUAGAAACAAGGCCAUUAGCUAAGAAGGAAUGUUUUACAAACAAACGUUCUGAUUCGAGAAAUUCAAACAGGAAGAGUGGAAAGAAAAUUUCUUCUCGCCAGCGCAUUGCUGCUGAAUCUACCCAUGGAUUGGAGAUUAAGAAGAGACAAGGACGUUCAAAGUUACGCAACAAUAAAAGUGAUGGGCAGACGAGUAAUCCGAUAAGUCCGAAGAGUGAAAAGCAACGGAUUGUGCCCAAAAUUUGUGCGGUUUGCGGUAUGGCACGCACCGAUAUGGCAGCUCACAUGCGGUGGCACAACAACGAACGACCGUACCAGUGCCCGCACUGUCCAAGAGCUUUUAGUAAUUGCUCAAAUCUAAAAAAUCACAUAAACUUACACACUCGUGAGAAAAUGUACAAAUGUGACCUUUGCGAUAAAGAAUUUCCUAGCUCGACGGCGAGAGGGAAACAUCGGGAAACGCAUGCAACAAUCAAUGCACAUCAAUGUGCCAUUUGCGGAAAAACAUUCAAGUACACAGCAUCAUGGGCAAGGCAUAAAAUUAUUCAUACAGCAGAGCCAAAAGUUAAAUGCACGUUUUGCGAAAUGGUGUUUCUAACAAAGACCAGGCUUAGGAAACAUUUGCUCGUUCAUACAGACUCGAAGCCAUUCGUUUGCGGAAUAUGCAAUCGCCCUUUCAAUAGAAAAGACAAUCUCAAAGUUCACAUGAAAACGCACCUUAAAACUAGUGGAUCGAACACAAAGAAAGACCAGCAGGAAAACAGUCUUGUGGAAGUAGGAAGUAAAGAAUGCAGUAAUGCAGACACAAAGGAGCAAUUUAUAUCUAAUUCGCCGUCCAUCAAGAGAUAAGCUAGAGACUACUAGCUUGAAGCUGUUCGAUGUGAAUAAGAAUGGUUUAUUCGAUAAUUGCUCUUUUCUAGUAUAGCGAUCAUCUACGGAGCUUGUGAUAAUGUAGGUGCGCCAAAUAUAAUGCUUAUCUUUGAGCAGGAUAAGAAUAAUGCUGAUAUUCAGCUAAAAAAUUAUGUGCGGUAUUCUUGUAAAACUCUAGUACUGCUUUUUAAUUUGUUAUGAUGAUUUAAAUAUACAUUUAUCAAUAUGCUUUUACGCUAUCCUUUGAUCUUCUAGGUUGAUCCUACAGAAGAGGUACGAUCUCUGUACAUCGGGCCAGUCUCAUAGGACUUUACGAGCUGGGUCGGCCAGAAUAUUUUACAGAUCUGUUCAGUUUCAGAUUGUAUUUUCAGUUUAAUUUUUCAAAAGCACACUUGGUGUGCACAUCAAUCGGUACUGGUCGAAUUUAUGCAAUUCCAAGGUUACUAAAUAUA